AGCGUGGGGGUGAAAUGCACAUGCGCACGCCCGGGCGGGUCAAUUCAAACCUUAUUCCUCCCGCCCCUUCCCCGUUGCCGGUUGCGCUGACGUCACCACGCCGCGCGUCCUUCUCCCUGCGGUUGCUGGCGGUGCCCGCAGAGGAAACGAAAGAAAUAAAGUUUCGUGUCCGGGUUCACGCUGCGACUCCUGGGCUCGGGUCCCUUGGCGCAGACGGGCGCGCUGUGCCCGCCUCCUUCCUGCGCGGGGGGGUGGGGAGCGAUUUCCCGGAGAGAGAUGGCUUCGACACACAAGGAGCCGGCGGCGGCGUCGCGGGUCGAGGAACUGGAGGAGGAGCUGCGCCAGUGCCAGGCUGACAAAGAAUUUGUAUGGUCUUUGUGGAAACGCCUGCAGGUGACAAAUCCAGAUCUUACACAAGCAGUCAGCUUGGUUGUGGAAAGAGAAAAACAGAAAGCUGAAGUCAAGGACAGGAAAGUAUUAGAAAUUUUGCAAGUCAAAGACAACAAAAUACUGAUGCUAGAACAGAGAAUAUCAGGACAGCAACAGGAGAUAAACAACUUGGUACAGAGAAAGCUUGCUGUAGAUGAGGAAAAUAACCUCUUGAAGAACAAAUUCAGUAACUUGCAGCAGAAAUUUAAAGAUAAAAGUCAAGAACUUAAGGACACUAAGGAGUGUGCACAGAAGAAGGAAGAGCAAAACAGACUGGUUAUAAAAAAUCUGGAAGAAGAAAAUAAGGGAUUAAAUGCACGCUGCACUGACCUGCUAAAUGACCUGGAGAAACUGAGGAAGCAGGAGGCACAGUGGAGAAUAGAAAAAUCUGGCAUCGAUGCCAAAAUAAAGAAUUUGGAAACUGAUUUAACAGAGGCAAGAAAACAAAUGGAAAACCUGCACUUUAGUUGCAGUGGCUUGUCAUCCCAGCUUGCUAUUAAACAGAAUGAAUUGACCCAGAGGGAUUGUGAUAUGACCAGAGUUAGGAAGGAGUUGCAGGAGCUGCAGAAUCUUUACAAACAAAACACUGAACAUACAGCACAGCAGGCAGAGCUGAUCCAGCAGCUUCAGGCUCUCAAUAUGGAUACUCAAAAAGUACUAAGAAAUCAGGAAGAUGUUUAUAUGGCAGAGACUAUAUCUUAUCAGAAACUUUAUAACGAAUUGAGUAUAUGUUUUGAGACUCUUAAAUCAAGUGAGAUUCAGCUCCAGCAGAGCAAUGCUUCUCUUCAGGAUCAGCUACUUGAAAAAGAACAAAAGAUUAGUCAGCUAGAAGGGCAGCUCCAGCAGGAUCAUGAAGCAUUACCCCCACUGCAACAAGAUGUUCAUUCAAAACAUAUGGAACAGGAAUUUCAACAGCCUUGUUUAAGUGACUUAGAAAAUCUCAUAGAAACACAGAAGUCUGAAAUAAAGCUUUUGCAGAAAAAAUUGAAAACAGCAAAUCUUAAUCUAGCAGAACAUAAUUUUUGCAGCACAGAUAUCCUGGAUAGCAGCAUAAAGACUGGAAGAAAGUAUGAGGAACCACCUGUGAAACGUUCAAGGUCUCUGUCCCCAAAGAGCUUUUUUAGAGAGUCAGAGGGGCUAAGAAAGCUUAAAAUAGCUGAAAGGAAGAUUGAAAACUUAGAGAAGACACUACAGCUAAAGAAUCGAGAAAAUGAUGAGCUAAGAGCAGCCCAUGAAAAACGCAAGGAGAGGCUGCAGAUGUUACAGACCAACUACAGAGCAGUAAAAGAGCAAUUAAAGCAGUGGGAAGAGGGUUAUAGCAAGAAUGAAGGUAGUAAAAGCCGACACCAGCAUGCAGACCCUCAUCAGCUUCGCCAGGAAGAUUGUGAUGCUGUCUGGAAUGAGCUAGCGUAUUUCAAAAGGGAACACAAAAAGCUAUUGAUUGAAAAAUUGAAUCUUGAAGAAGAGUUAGAUCAGAUGAAAGUUCAUAGAUCUGUGGAUAAGGCUACUAUACAGGAACUGAAUCUAUGUCUGCAACAAGAAAGAGAAGAGCUGCUCUUUAGACUUGGUGAAGAUGAUGGGGUCAAGAACAGUUCUCCAAAGAAGAAUGUGAAAGAAAUAUCAGAUCAGACAUUACAGAAGGUGUGCCAAUUGGAAAGAAGAUUCAAAGCUCUUGAGAGGGAAUCAAAGAAGCUGAAAGAAGUAAAUAAAGAGGUAACCAAGGACAGAAAUGAUCUAAAAGCAUCUCUAAAACUGCAAAGGGAAGAUGCAAACAUGAGAGAGAGAGAGUUUGAGAAGCUACUAAAAAGGAUUCGAGAAAUAAAGAAAGACAAAGCAGAGCUUCAAUUAGUGAUUGAUGAGCUAGAGAGAGAAGCUGUUUCUCUGAAGAGGCAAGUGGCAGAAGCUAAUGGGUUGAGAAAUGAAAAUGAAGAUCUGCUGAGCCAAGUACAGCAGCUGAAGAGUUCACUGGACAAAGCCAAAGCAGUGGCUCCCAUAGUCCCUGUGAAAACAACCUGUGGACAACAUAAUUGUAAGACACCGAGCACCAAGGUUAAAUUAAAAACAGCCAAGAAAAAGAGCUCUCUGGGACGUCACCAAGCUUUUCGCAAACAGUCCAUUAAGGUUACGAGCAACGUAAUUGAGAACUUCAAUAAGGACGGCUGGGAGGAUAUGAGUGAAGGCAGUGACUCUGAAAUACCAGCUUCGGAAAGUUUGAGAGUAAUAAUUAGAAAAAUGGCCCAAAAUGUUGAUUCACUAAUGGACCAAAAUGAUCAGCAGGAAAAAAAUCAAAUAAAAGAUCAUCAGAUGUCCCAAAACAAUGUACAUUUGCAAGACAAGAACCAGCUAUAUCAGGAAAAGGGUGACAUGAGGAACAUAGACAUUAAAAAAUCACAUUCCCAAAGAAGGAAGACCUAUUCUUUCAUAACAGCUCAUCCCUCAGUUGUAAACAGAGCAAACAGAGAGAAGAAGAGGAAUAUUCUGAUCCAAAAGCCAGGCUGCUCCAUUACUUCAUUGUGGGAACGAAUUAGGUCCUUGCAGCAACAGAUAGCUGUGCUACAGAAUGCAAAAAGGGCAGCACUAUCUUCUGUUAAAGAAUUUAAGGAAGCCAGUGAAAAACUAACAUGUCAACUACAUCUGGCUGAUCAAAGACUUCAAACCACCAAACAGACCAUACAGACAUUGACCUCUGAUCUGGCCAAGUUGCAACAAGAGAGAGAAGAUUUAAAAGGAAAAUUAGAGCAUGUGUCCCGAGCUAUGAAGCUAAGGGAAGAUCCAUCUCCUGUGACUUCUAAUGAGGCUGAAGCCACACCAACAACUCCUUCAAAGAACAUAGAUUUGGAGAUGAAGCAGCUACACUGUAAACUAAAGAAUGCAAAUAAUGAAAUCACUAAACAGUCAACCACCAUUAAGUCUUUGAAAAAUGAAGUACAAGAGAAAGAAAAACGGAUGUGGGAACUACAAGAAAAGAUUUCUCGGGUGGAGAGAGACUUAAAUAUGAAAAGACACUUGAUAGAAGACUUGAGGUCUCGGCUAAAAGCAAACCAGGAAAAUGAAAAACUCGAUAGGGAAGCAGUUGAAACUCUUGAGAAAAAGGUAAAGGCACUGACUGAAGGUUGUUCAAACAAGAAAACAUCAAUUGAUUCAUUAAAGCAACGGCUUAAUGUAGCUACAAAAGAGAAGUCACAGUAUGAACAAAUGUAUCGCAAAACUAAAGAGGAGUUGGGGAAAAAGGAUCUCAAGCUUACAAAUCUAGAAAGAAAAAUAAUUGAAGCUGAAUGUGCCAUGACUGAACUUGAGACUACUGCUUCUCAGCAACUCCAUGGCUUGGCAAAGCAAAGUGGCCAAGCUCUGGAAGUAGUGCAGAAGAAACUGCUGCUGGCCAAUGAUAAAGUGGAAGAAUUCAUCACAUUUGUAAAGGCUUUAACAAGAGAAUUACAGCGAAGCGUGCAGGAAAUAAGAAUAAGAAUCAGACAUUCAAAAAAACUAGGAGAAGAAAGAGAAUGCAACAAGGGUCUUUCCAAAGAGUCUGUUCACCGAGCCCACUCCUUGGCAGCAUCCAUCCUUAAUAUUUCAAAGACUGAGUUAGAGGAGAUGCUACAUACAGAAGGGGAUGAGGAAGCAGAAAGAGCUAAACUGGAAUCUGAAAAUGAUAAGGAAUGGCUGUGCUACAUACAGAAGCUUCUUGAAGGACAGUUUCCUUUUGCCUCAUAUUUAAUGGAUGCAGUACUGGAAAAAUUAAAUGAGAAGAAGAGACUGAUAGAAGAGUAUAGUUCACUUAUGAGACAGACCAUAUGAUAUUUCUGUGAACUGUUUGGGUUUUAUUCAGAAUGACUAGAAAGAGUAUGUGUUGUGUUCUGAAUGUCUUUCCCUUUCCCAUCCAAAACUACUAAUAGUCCUGUUCAAUACAAAAGGAACAAGAGUUUGAGAACAAAUUAAUUGUUGAAAAAGUGGAAUUAAUUGCAAUCCCAUUUUAAACAGAAGGUAUGUGGUAUUUGAUUUCUGAAUACACAAAUUGCCAAACAUCAGUGCAAACUUAAUUUUUUUGUCUGAACACAUUAGUUAAAAAAAAGCCAGUGCAAACUUUGGGGAAGAAAACAUGUCACUGAAGUGACCAAUAAAGCAUAGAAAUUGUACGAGCCAGUAAGACUACUGCGUAUGCACCAAACUGCAAAGAACCUGUUAGCUGUAUUAUUCCAAACAUGUUAGCUGAGCUUUUUCCAGAAGUCUAAUAGUUUUGCAUAUAAAUCCAACUGAAUUUCAGUGGAAUUGGGAAACUUUAUAUCUUUUGGUUCCUUUGCAGAUCUCAACUUCAGUGUUUAUUCCCUGUAAAAUGACAUACAUUCUUAGGCUGGGCUUAUUUUGCAUUUUAAAAAAUAUUAAGAGUAGAAGUUGAGAACAUGAAGUAAAUAAGUAAAUUAGACUCAGACCAUUGGGGGAAAUUAUAUUUUUUUUCUGAGUAGGAGUGUAUUGUAUGUGUAAUCUAUUUACUUGUAUUGAAAAUUUCUUUAUAACAAUAAAAAUGAUUUCCAAUGUC